AUGGCUGCUCAGAGAAAUGCUCAUGCGUUUUUUGAAAAAUAUGAGCGAAGUGAAGUGCAGGAUCUUCUAGCUUCAACCACUUCAAGCUGGCUUGUAUCUAUGGAUGAUGUAUACUUACCUCUUCAACUUCCUAGUGGGUUGAUCACACAACUGAAAAAUCUAGCACACCCCAAUGUUCUGAUUCUGGCUCCAGUAGAACCUGAGAUAAAUCUAGACUACAGGGAGAUCCAUCAAAUUAUAAGAGAGUUAGCUGUGGGAAUAUAUUGCUUUAAUCAAGCUCCUUCCAUCAGUUUAGAUGCCAAUUUUGACAAAAGCACUUCUUGCCAACUUCCUCCAGCCUACUAUGAUACUCGAGUUGGACAGAUUUUGAUUAGUGUGGAUUACAUGAUAAAGGCCCUCUGGCAUGGUGCAUACAUGCCAAAAGAGAAAAGAGUCAGGUUUGCUGAGUUCUGGAAAUCUAGUAUGGAUAUUGAUGCAAAUGGACAUCGACAGACCAAGAAAAAUAUAUUUGAAGAGUUCUGCACAGCAGGUUUAAUUGAUAUUUCAAGUGAUCCAACCUUUAAUGGCAUCUAUAAUGAAAACACUGAUACUGAUCCAACAUAUGACCCAAACAAACCAGAGGAAAAAAAACUGUUCAUGCACUAUGCAGAGAGCAUGGCAAUAAAAAUGACUUGUUUCACCACCCAAGUGAGUCAGUAUGAAAAUCUAUUUGUGUAUGAUGCGUCUUACCUGCUCUCUAAUGUGGUACGGCUCACUGAGGACCACCUUGACUCUGUAACCUACCAACAUCUCCAGCAAAGGCUGCGUAUUCAUGAGAAGCUGGUGAAAGAUAACCUCCAGAAGAAAGCAGAAAUACACAAAAAUAUAGCAUAUUUGAAACUUAUCAGCUUUCUCAUACCUUUCCUUUUGGGCCUGAAAAAGAAGAUGAAAGUGCCAGACUUCACUUACUUUCUACAGUCAUAUUCAGAUGAUAAAGUGAAAACUGAACGUGAAUUACCCCCACUUAUGCUGGGACCAGAAUUUAAUUGCCAGCAUUUUCAAUAUGAUCCAAAUGAGUAUUUUCAUCUACAUGGAGGAAUAGAGUUUGAUUUAGGAACACCUUCUCUUGAACCGAUCUCGGAAGAAAUGAAGGUGGCUUAUGAAGAUAUAAAGAAAACAGCAACAAACCAUAUUAAUAUUCUCCUUGAGUCUGAUACCACCUACAGGGAAUAUUACCCCAUACCAGUGAUGGAAUUUAAUGGAAAGAGUUAUUACGCCAUUGCAGUCCAGCUGGAAGAUUUCUAUCAGCCAAUGCUAAAAAGACAAUGGUGGGGAGCAAUAAAUGGCAUAAUUAGCACACUAAAACCUAAGAGGCUCCCAUUAACUGAUAUCCAACUCCUCGAACAGUUCAAAAAGAGAUUUGGCUAUAAAAAGGCCCUUAAAUGCAAGAAUGGGCCAUUUGGGUUGAAGUCUGCUGCUGAAAGGGGGCUGGCGGCAAUUUUUUACACAUUCUGUCGAAAAACUCCUCUGUCUGGACUUAGUGCUGUUGAUGAAUCUGGAUACACAACAAUUCAUCAUGCUGCCAUUCACAAUCGUGUUGCAGUUGUUUCUCAGCUAGCCAAAGCUGGAAUGAAUUUGAAUGUUAGGCGAAGUGAUCAUUAUUCAAGUCAAGGACUUACUGCUCUGCACCUAACAGCACAGUGCAGCUCCCUGGAAGUCCUUUCCUGCCUCCUGGCACUGAAUGCAGAUUACAUGUUACAUGACAGCCGUGGCUGGAUGGCUAUACAUUUUGCUGCUUUCUAUGGCUCUAUUCCUUGCAUUAGGGCUCUUUACAGAAAAGAUGCUGCUUUGUUAGAGAUGGAAACAGCCGCUGAAUAUCAAACAACACCACUGUUACUCACAGCCAUUUCUGGAACAUUAGAUACCCUAACAUUUCUUCUGUCACUUGGGGCUAACUGGAAAGCAGUCGACAGUGCAGAAAACAAUAUUAUUCAUUUAGCUACUCUGUAUUUUCACACAAGCAUCUUGAAAUAUAUUAUUGAUUUGCAAAUCCCAGAGCUAAAUGUAUGGCAGCAUCUUGUUGAAAUGCUGAAAUCUAAUAAUUCAUAUAGGGUAGAAAGGGCUACAAGGUGCCUGGAGGUUCUCUGUAUUUUGAAGGAAACUUACUGGGAGAACAUUUUUGAAGCAGGAAGUAUCCCCUGUCUUGUGAAACUCUUAAGCAGUGGCAAAGUGACUUUGGAGUGCCUGGCUUCAGGGAUUUUAAGCAACAUCUCCUAUCAUGUACAAAUUUCAAGGGCCCUUGUUGAGUCAGGAGCUGUUCCCAUCCUUAUUACAUUACUAAGUUCCCAGCAGCCUGAGCUACAAUCUCGAUGUUCUGUUAUUUUGUCCGACAUUGCCCAAGUGGAUAGUAAUCAAUGUGUAAUAGCAGAAAUGGGUGGUAUUUCACCUUUGGUUAAACUUCUCAAUGAAGAAUUUGAAGAUGUUCUUGUUAAUGCUGUAAACUGUAUCCAGGUGUUAUGUACUAAGAACCCUGCCAAUCAAAAAAGUGUCAAAGAUCUGGGUGGCAUUCCAUACUUAGUAGAAUUUCUGUCUUCCAAAUCAGAUGUUCUCGUAAGCGCAUCCUCAACAGCAAUUGCAGAACUUGCCAGAGGAAACAAGCUAAUCCAGGACGCCAUUUCAAAAGAAAAUGCAGUCAGUUCUCUGAUUAAUGUUAUCAGCAGAAGAAAGAUCUGUAUCCAAGUCAAAGCUGCCUUGGCAGUUGAAUCUCUUGCAUAUCAUAAUGCUGCCAUACAAAAGCAGUUCUUAGAUAAAUCAGUCACAAAGCACCUUUGUAAACUGUUAAAGGUGUUUCAGCUGGAGGUCAGGGAGCAAGGAAGUACAGCUCUUUGGGCCUUGGCAGGUCAAACUCUUAAACAGCAAAAAGAAAUGGCAAGACGUAUUGGCUUCAACUAUAUCAUAGACAUGCUCUUGUCCUCCUCUGAUAAAAUGCAAUGCAUCGGUGGUGAAGCCAUAAUUGCUUUAAGCAAGGACAGCAAACAGCACCAGGACCAGAUAUGUAAAGGAAAUGGCAUUGGACCUCUGGUUCGGUUGUUGCGAAACUCUAAAGUGGCAGAGGGGACUCUUCUCAGCAUUAUCAAAGCUCUGGGGGCCAUGUGCAGUGGGAUUGCUCAUACAAAUAAUCCUGUGGCUCAAAACAAAAUUGUGGAGGAGGAGGCGCUUCCAGCUCUCAUGCUACUUCUGAAAACUCAUAGCUCCCUUAAAAUAAAGGUUGAAGUAGUCUGUACCUUGGCUUGCAUUGGCCUGAGAAAUUCUAAUGUGCAGAGUCUGUUACAGGAGAAGGAGCAUUUUAAGUUUACUGACAUUUUUGAUCUUCUUUAUUCAUCAGACAAGGACAUUUCUUUGCGGGCAGGCUAUGCAUUGACUCUGUUUGCUUUCAACAAUACAAUACAACAGUUCUAUCUUUUGGAAACUGGAGGAAUCGAAAUCGCAAUCUAUGAAUCUUUUCUUGAGUCAGACACUGAAGCAGACCAAGCAAUGGCUUCAUUCCAGAUUGUUGUGCUUGCUAAAGUAAUUGUGGAUGAAGACCAUGUUACUUUGUCAGCCAGAGGUAUUACAAUAUUAACAGAACUCCUGAAAUCAUCUACAAAUCCAGAUACUCUUGUGUUAGUUGGAGAACUACUUGCCAGUCUAGUCCACAGCAGAGCAGGUAUUGCAGAAGUUGUCACUACACUAGGAACUGUGGAGUGUCUUUGUAAACAUUUGUAUGCAGAAGAAGAGGAGGUCCAAGUGUCUUGUGCCAAUGCACUGGGAUAUCUAACUUUUAACCGCAGUGCCUACCGCCAUCUGCUUAUGGAAUGUAGAAACAGACCGCAACUAUAUGCCCUGCUAAUCAAUAAUCUAAGUAAAGAUGCAAAAAUAUCCAAAGACUUCACAGAAGAAUUUAAAAUUCAGCAGUAUAUAGGUCUGCCUUCACUCAGUUUAACUAUAAAUGGAGGACCACCUAUCAACAGUUCUUCAUGGGAAGGAAAAUAUGACGGUCUGGAAAAUGGAGCCUGUGAUCAUUAUAAGAGAAGAAAUAUUCGAUCCAAGUCAGCAGUUAAUUCAAGGCAGAAAUGCAAGACUGCAGAUCCAAACAAUCGUACAGUGGCUGGAUUACCGUUACCUCUUAACUCAACAGCAGUAAGACCUAAAACUGCACAUCUAGGAAAUAUAAAGCCUUUUCAACAGAAAAUAGAGACAGAAAGAAACACCACAUUGGAUAAUACACAGAAACAUAAUCAAACAAAAAACAACUAACAUGUAUUUGAAAUCCGUACUAAAUAUUUCCUUUUGAUAUCCACUCUCUAGGGUGCUUUUGUGUAUUAAUGUGAUAUUUUCAUAAACAGAUUUACUCCCCAAGGGUCAAUUCCAGACCUUUAGAACACGGUUCUUCAAACUUUUUUCCCAAGACCCAGUGCUAUGAUACCACAAACCUUCUAACACACACCACAGACAUUAUCAUAUAACAGACACACCACACACACUCUCCUAUAACACACCUUGCGACCCAGUAAACAUUAUGUUGCA